AUGGUUCAUUGUAAGAAAGAUGUUUAUAAAGGCAAAAGAAGUUUCAGAUUCCUAAAUUUUUGGGUCAAGCACCCUGAUUACAAGAAGAUUAUUGAAGAGGAGUGGGCUAUUAAAAACAGGCUGAUUAGACUGAACAAGCAAAAUUUUUCUAACAUCGGUCAACAAGUUAAAGACCAGAAGGAGCUUCUUAGAAAUCUCCAAAAGGACCUGCAAUUGGAUCCUUUGAAUUAUAUCCUAUUUGAAGAGGAAAAAGCUAUGAAUAAACAUCUUAGAAAGCUGAUUUACUAUGAAGAAAGCUUUUACAAGCAAAGAUCUAGAAUCCAGUGGCUUAGGCUAGGAGAUUCAAACACCAAGUUUUUCCAUAACUCAAUCAAGCAAAGAAGAACUAAAAACAACAUCUCUAUUAUUAAGCUUGAUAAUGGAUAUCUUACUAGAGAUAUUACAGAAGAUGAGGUUAAGAGAGCAGUUUUUUCCAUUGGGUCUGAGAAAGCAACAGGGCCAGAUGGUUUCAACAGCGUUUUCUUCAAGAACUCUUGGGAUAUCAUGAAACAAGACAUUAUGAAAGUUGUUCAGGAUGCUUUUACCUCUGUUAAUUAUGCUGAGUCUCUUGGUGAUUUCAGACCUAUAUCUUGUUGCAAUGUAAUUUAUAAAGUCAUUUCCAAAGUCCUCACUUGUAGGAUUAGUCCUUUAUUGUGUAACUUGGUGUCUGCUAAUCACUCUGCCUUUAUUCCUAAAAGAACCAUAGCUCAUAACAUCAUGUUGGCCCAUGACCUUGUUAGGAAUUACCAUAUUAAGUCUGGCCCUCCUAGAUGCCUCCUUAAAAUUGACCUAAAGAAAGCCUAUGACUAG